AUGCAGCUCCUCCGGUUGGCCUGGGCUCUGACUGCCGCUGCGGUCUGCUUUCUCCUCCUCCUGCUCCUCCACAACCAGAUCCUGAGAGAAGGGCAGCUGGCGGCGGGGACCUGUGAGAUCGUCACUCUGGACCGGGACAGCAGCCAGCCGAGGAGGACCAUCGCCCGACAGACGGCCCGCUGCGCCUGCAGGAAGGGACAGAUCGCCGGGACGACACGAGCCAGACCAGCCUGCGUUGACGUUCGUAUCGUCAGGAGUCGACAGUGGUGUGAGAUGAGUCCUUGCUUGGACGAUGAAGGUUGUGACCUCCUGGUCAAUCAGUCGGGCUGGACCUGCACGCAACCAGGAGGCCGAGUCAAGACCACCACGGUGCUGCGUUCUCAUCCUCUUCCUGUAAUUGAUCCCGCUGGGCCAUCGGGCUUUGGCGAGAGCCAAUCAGAGAGCGGGCGUAAACUGUGCGGCCGCAGCUGUUUGCGUGAAGGCGACGACAGGAGACAUGUAGUGUCUGGAGACGACCAGACUCACCACAGCGGCACUGGUCAGGGCUCGGACCCGUCAGAGUCUCAGGGCCUUCAGGAGGACAUGUCCAGAGUCUAUGAGAGGCAGACCCUGGAUGCUGGGUGCAGGUCUCCUGACAGCGGCGGCGAGGACAGACGCUCCCCAGAGAAAGACUGGUUCCCAUCGUCCAUCACCCAUCAUCGCUGA